UUUUACUCAUUAACUUUAUAUGGACUUGUAACAAAAAUUAAAUUUCAAUAACACAAUUUACAUCCCAUACAAUAUGCCAGGUCGAAGCAGAAGUCGUUCCCGUUACUCCCGCGCCGAGCAACAUGCGCCAGCGAUACCACCUCGCAUUAUUGUCACGCCUACACCACGUCGCUCCAUGUUUCGUGACGCAGCAGCGGUUGCAGGCGGUGUCACAGUGGGCACAACUAUGGGUCAUUUGGCGGGAGAAGCGAUAACUAGCAUGUUUGGUGGAGGCCGUCGGCAACAAGAGGUGGUACAGCAAUUGCCGCGAGACUACCAACUGGGUUCGGAUCCCAGUGGCCCUUGCGCGUACGAGAUAGCGCAAUUCUUGCAAUGUGCUGCUAAUCGCGAAAAUUUGCAGGAGUGCGAAGCUUUUAAUGAAGCGCUCAGGGAAUGUAAGCGGCGGAAUAGAAUACCAUAGGACCUAUGUAACUUUUAAAGAAAGCUCUAACUAACCAUAAUAAACUCAGCACAAUAAUAAAAGACACAUAUCUCGGAAAGGAGCCCGCAGAGUGAGCCACUGCCGUCUGGUGGUCUGGGUUCGAUUCCGCAACUCCGGCACAUGGCUUUGACGACGGUCAUCUUGGAGUUGCUAGUGAAUAGGAAAUCUU